AUGAAGACUACCGUCCUCAUCUCGGCCCUAGCCACGGGCGCCUACGCAUGGACUUACCCCGAUUGCGAGCACGAUGGCUGCUACCGCAACCUGGUUGACCCUCGCUAUUCUGACCAGGCUCCCGCCUUUUGCAUUGCCUGGAUCUCUGGCACUACCACGGAUGCUAGUGCCAUCCCCACGCAGUACCGCAAUUGCCUGGGUGUUGCUCCUCUCUCGUCUGUCUGCUCGUGCAUAGCUUACACGGCCACCAUAACAGAUUGCAUCACCGAAACUGCGACGAACACCCCUUCUCCUGUUACAACCUCGUCUCAGUCGCAGAUCACCGUCUCUACCCCUCCUGUCACCCCUACCCUGGAGAGCACUACUGAGUGCGCCACCAUGACUGAGUCCAGCACUUCUUCUCUCAUGACAACAUCCAAAAUUCCUAUCUCUACCACUGCCUACCCUGUUAGUAGCAACAAUGCGUCCACAAGCGUGGCUACCAGCUCCCCGGCAGAGAGCAGCUUUGUUGGCUUUCAGCCUUCCCCAUCGAAGACCCUUCCGUGGACGACCUCGACCAUUUUCACUACUUCAACGCACAUUGUUACCAAGUGCCCUCUUCAGGCCACAAACUGCCCGGACGAGUCAACUGUUGUUCUGACUUCCAUUGUUCCCGUUUCGACUACCGUCUGCCCUAUGCUCAGCACCGAGUCUCCUCCGCUUCCUCUUCAGUCUUCGAAGCAGGAGCUCCUCCCUCAGUCUUCCAGUGAAGCUCCCCCUCCUUCCUCGUUUGUUUCUGAAAGGCCACUUUUUCAACCAUCAAUCCAUGCUUCCCACACUCCUUCGCAGUCUUUUGGUUGCCGUUUUGGGCAGAAGGCUGGUCCCGACGGCGAUUGCAGUUCUGUCACUUCUUUCUUCCCGCACCGUCCUCCUCCGCCUCUCGCUAGUGGCCUUCCUAUCGUCUCCGGAAGUAGCACCCCCCCCGUUUCCACAGCUGGCACCGCCCAUCUCGGUAUCGAAGCUGCUGUUGUUGUCGUUGGUGUCGUCGCUGCUCUAUUCCAAGUUGUAUGA